AUGUCCUCCGAACCCAAACACAUCGUGAUCAUCGGCGGCGGCAUCGUCGGCUGCAGCACCGCGUACUACAUCGCCAACCACCCCUCCUUCUCGCCUGGUACGGACAAGCUCGCCGUCCUCGAAGCCUCGAAGCAUGGCGUAGCGCAGGGCGCGUCGGGCAAGGCGGGCGGCCUUGUCGCGCGAUGGGCAUACCCGAAGGAGCUUGUAAACGUCUCGUUCGAGGAGCACGUCCGGCUGGCGGAGCAACAUAACGGCAAGGACCGCUGGGGCUGGCGCUUUGUGAAUUGUGGGAGCUGGGAGGGCUGCGGCGAUACGGACGCGCUGGACAGCGGCUCGGGCGUCGGACAGGGCGGCAAGCGGAAGAGCCUGGAGAAGACGCUCGGUCUGAACCCACAGGACGCGCCACAUGCGCGGAAGUCGAAGGGCCUGCCAGACGAUCUGCUCUGGGUCGACGAGGGGCUGACGGAUACGUACUCCCCCAUGGCUCCCACCGGGCAUACCGCGCAGGUGCACCCGUACCUCUUCACCACCAGCAUGAUGGAGCUCGCGAAGGAGAAGGGCGCGGAGCUCGUCCUCGGCCGCGCAACUGGCGUCGAGCGGAAAUCAGGGCAGGUCACCGGCGUCUCCUACGUCGACAACGACAGCGGGGAGAGCAAGACCUUACCAGCCACACACGUUAUCCUCUCUGCCGGCGCCUGGUCCCCCCGCGUCGUCGACGAGCUCCCGAUCACAGGCACCCGCGCGCACAGCGUUACCAUCCAUCCCCAACCCGGGGUCACCAUCGCGCCCUACGUCCUUUUCACCGAGAUUACCCUGCCUGUAGGCGCUCGUCCGAGGCUGGUCACGCCCGAGAUCUACGCGCGGCCGGAUAACGAGGUCUAUGCUUGCGGUCCUGGCGACGAUUCCGUGUUGCCGGGCACGGUUGAUGAGGUGCAAGUAGACCAGGAGGCAUGCGAGAGCGUGUGGAAGCAUGUUGCGAGUAUCUCGCAGCCGCUGAGGGAGGGGAAGGUCGACAAGCGACAAGCGUGCUUCUUGCCUGUUGUCAGUGCAGGUGGCGGACCCAUCGUCGGCGAAGCAACAUCAAUAGCGAAGGGCCUCUACAUUGCGACGGGACAUACAUGUUGGGGCAUUUGCAACGCUCCGGGAACUGCGAAAGCCCUCAGCGAGCUCAUCCUUCAGGGCAAGAUCAAAUGCGCGAACCUGAAGAGACUGCAUCCGUCAAACUUCAUCUAA